AUGGAGUGGUAUGACACUAGUACUUCACUUUUCUCCUAAGACAACAUCCUGUACUCGGCACUCGGUACUGCUCCGGUUCUUGGAAUGGUACAGUUAGGGGCAAAGGGAAAAGCACUUUUUGAGAUAAACACAGUUCUGAAACUUCAAGGAAAUGAAGAUGGUGAAGAAUUCUCUGUGCUCCAGACACUAGUCUCUGUCACGUGGGAAAAAAAAAAAAAAAAAAAAAAAAAAAAAUUUACAUUUAAUCUUGCCAAUGCCCUCUACCUUCAAGAAGGAUUCAUUGUGAAAGAACAGGAUCUCCAUAGCAACAAGGAAUUUUUUCAGACUGCUAUAAAACUGGUGAAUUUCCAAGACACAAAAGCUUCCACAGAAGCCAUAAGUACCUGGGUGGAAAACAAAACAGAUGGUAAACUCUAUAGCUUUUUUUCAAGUGAAUAAUUUGAUCCUCUCAGUAGGCUUGUUCUGGUGAAAGCUAUUUACUUCAAAGGACACUGGAAACAGAAAUUCAGACCAGAAGCAAUGCUGGAGAUGGUUUUAACUAAAAGGGGUGGUUCUGUAACAAAGAUGCCAAUGAUGUAUUUUCAGCUGAGAACAAAGAUUGAUAGUUUAACCUAUACUUGUCCAUCUGUGAGCUGCCAGGUUUUGGAAUUGUCUAAAAAGGAUUAGUUCAGUUUAGCUUUAACACUUUCUUCAGAAGAUGUGACUACUAGAAGUAGAAAAACUAAUGACAGCUCAUCUGAUAAAAGACUAGUUACUGAAAUGCAGGAGGUGGAUGUAGAAAUAAGCCUCCUUAGGUUUAAAAUAGAACAGAAAAUGGACUUCAAAGAAAGUCUGCGUUCUCUCAAUGAGGAGAUAUUUAGUGGUGGUUGCAACCUUUCUGGAAUAACAGGCAUGCAUGUCACGAAGCCAGACAUGAACAUGUCACAAAACCAGUUUGUGGUUCACUAUCCUUUCCUAUUUGUUCUGAAACAUAAUCUAAGAGGUCAGGUUAUUAAAUUUAGGUUCAAUUGUUUCCAUGGGAAGGCUGACAAAUCCUACAUUCAGAACAAGAUGAAAGAGAUAUGGAGUUGUUAUAAUGAUGAUGGUAGAAAACUGUUAACUUUCCUGAAAUUAAAGUCUGAUCAUUGA